UCUGUCUCAGUCGCACUUUUGGCACCGGAGAUGCUGCGGAAGUCUGGCGCGCAGCGCCGGCAGCCGCCGCUGUGGCGGCGGUGCCGUAGCCUCCGGCAAAUAAAGCAGGUACACGCCCUCAUGGUGCUCCGGGGCUUCCUAUCGGACCCCUCCGCGCUCCGCGAGCUCCUCUUCGCCUCCGCCGUCGCCGUCCGCGGCGCCAUCGCCCACGCCUACCUCGUGUUCGACCAAAUCCCGCGCCCGGACCUCUUCAUGUACAACACCCUCAUCCGUGGCGCCGCGCACACCGCCGCGCCCCGGGACGCCGUCUCCCUGUACGCGCGCAUGGCGCGGCGCGGCAGCUGCGGCGGCGUGAGGCCCGAUAAGAUCACCUUCCCGUUCGUGCUCCGAGCGUGCACCGCGAUGGGCGCGGGCGGCACCGGGGCGCAGGUGCACGCCCACGUCGUCAAGGCUGGAUGCGAGUCCGACGCGUUCGUCAGGAACGCGCUCAUCGGCAUGCACGCGAGCUGCGGGGAGCUGGGCGUCGCGAGUGCUCUGUUUGACGGCAGGGCGCGUGAGGAUGCCGUGGCGUGGUCGGCCAUGAUCACCGGGUGUGCAAGGAGAGGGGACAUUGUUGCCGCACGGAAGCUGUUCGACGAGUGUCCUGUGAAGGACCACGUGUCUUGGAACGUGAUGAUCACGGCUUAUGCAAAGCGGGGAGAGAUGGCACCAGCAAGGGUGUUGUUCAACCGGAUACCUGAGCGUGACGUUGUGUCCUGGAACGCCAUGAUUUCUGGGCAUGUGAGAUGCGGCUCACAUGUGUAUGCAAUGGAGCUGUUCGAGCAGAUGCAACGUAUGGGACAAAAGCCAGAUGUUGUCACAAUGCUCAGCUUGCUGUCAGCUUGUGCUGAUUCCGGUGAUAUAGAUGUUGGACGAAGGUUGCAUUCCUCUCUCUCAGAGAUGUUCUUGAGAACUGGUUUUACUGUCAUCCUGGGCAACGCACUGAUCGACAUGUACGCGAAAUGUGGAAGCAUGAAGAGUGCACUUCAGGUGUUCUGGGUGAUGCGAGAUAAGGAUGUCUCAACUUGGAACUCAAUCAUAGGAGGAUUGGCACUGCAUGGGCAUGUCCUGGAGUCCAUAGAUGUGUUCAAGAAAAUGUUGAAAGAGAAAGUCAGGCCUGAUGAGAUCACCUUCGUUGCUGUCCUCAUCGCAUGCAGCCACGGCGGGAUGGUUGACAAAGGACGUGAGUACUUCAACUUGAUGCAACAUCAUUACAGGAUUGAGCCCAAUGUCAAGCACUAUGGUUGCAUGGUUGACAUGCUGGGUCGUGCAGGGCUCCUGAAAGAAGCAUUCGAGUUCAUUGACACCAUGAAGGUCGAGCCUAAUUCUGUCAUCUGGAGGACGCUUCUUGGGGCUUGCAGGGUCCAUGGUGAGAUCGAACUGGCUGAGCAUGCAAACAGACAACUACUAAAGGCGAGGAAUGAUGAAAGUGGGGAUUAUGUGCUCCUCUCGAACAUCUAUGCUUCAGCUGGGGAAUGGUCUGAGUCAGAGAAAAUGAGAAAGUUGAUGGAUGAUAGUGGUGUCAACAAACAAGCAGGUCGCACGGUUGUAGAUGGCAGCGCGAAGGAUCUAAUGCAGUCUUUCGGAUAGUCAACAUCACAUCCUGGAGUGAAAGGGUCUAUUAAUUAUGUCAACUUUGUGCUCCCAUUUCGUGGGUCAGAAACUGAACAUCCAGCACUGGUAAAAUUGAGAUAUGGAUGUAUCUGCGGGCGAAGAGCAAAAGGCUGCUUUGAAUGCUGCUUCUCAUGCUAAUUUAGCUGACUGGCUCUAUUCUAUGCUUGCCAGACAUUAUUGCUGAAGAUUGUGUUGGCCUAUAUGCAGCUGAAAAGGCUAGAUAAGACUGUCUGCUUUAGAAAAACAAAUUCAUACAUCCGCUUGCAUACCUUCUAUUUAAUCGGACUGUGUUGAUGUGGAAGCAAAAGUCACACCUUGAGCAAUGCAAAUAAUGGCGCCUGUCAUUGGUGCCUGCACUGAGUUGUGAACAAUCUUGGUUGAUGCUCCUGCAAGAAAAAUUAGAAACGGAGCACGUAGCAGUGAUAAAUCUGAGAUGUGGAUGCAUCUGCCAGCGAAGAGCAAAAGGCUACCUUGAAUGCUGCUUCUCAUGCUAAUUUGGCAAAUAGGCUCUAUUCUAUGCUUGCCAGACAUUAUUGCUGAAGGUUGUGUUGGCUUAUAUGCAGCUGAAAAGGCUAGCCAAGACUGUCAGCUUCAGAAAAACAAAUUCAUACAUCAGGUUGCAUACCUUCUAUUCAAUUGGACCGUGUUGAUGUGGUAGCGGAAGUCACACCUUGAGCAACACGAAGGAUGGAGCCUGUCAUUGGUCCCUUCACUGGGUUUUGAACAAUCAUGGUUGAUACUUCUAAAAGAAAAGGUAGUUCUUCAAUGAGCUGAAGCGGCACACAGGCUACUGAAAAUAAUGACCCACUGAAUUCACCACCACAUGUUUUAUCAGGUGGUGGUAAUCAACAUAGGGAUAUCAUCCAAGGCCGCUCAACUGCAUAUCAUUUUCCUCCCAUUAGAUUAGGAGGUAUGAGAAGUCAACUCUUUAGUUCAAAAAAUGGAGAAAAGAAGUACGUAUGUUGUUUUAAAUUUCCUCUAAACCUUUGCUCAGUCUCUUGAACUCUUCUUUUCUUUGCUUACUCCUGUGUAUAAUUCUCUGUCAGAACUCAGAACCUUUCUGGCACCCUUUGACAAUAAAAUAGUCUGUUCGUGCAAAAUAAAAAAGUUCCUGCAUCA